GAGAGUUUUCCGCGCAGCGCGCACAUUUAUGGAUUUUCCAGGGAAAUGCUCUCGGUCUCGCUCUUUCCAGGUGGUUCUUAUCUGCGUGCAAGUGAGUUAGAGAACGAACGAACUUGCUCGUGCUAGAUAGAUAGAUACUCGCUUUCUAGAGUGCGAGUACGAGUGUGACCUAUAAAAUGUUCACCACGAUCGCGGCCUCUGUGGGAAUAAAGUCUGCUCCGUCCUAAGAGAAAGAAAUAGAUGAUAAAUAGAGAGUAGAGUGUAUAGAAGAACAUUUAAGAAGAAGGCUACCACCAUAAGAGUUCCUCUCUUUGAUAUACAAAUACCUAUGUAUAGUUAGACGACGAGGGAUAAGAGCAAUCAGGAUCAGCGCAGUAGAGUAGUGGACGUCUUGGGAACAGCAGUACCAGCUCAGACCGAAAAUCGAUUCAUUUGACCGUUUAAGAACCAUUUUUCAAUUUGUCGUACAAUCGAGAACCAAAGAUUCCUACACAUUAAUCAUAAUAUUAAUAAUAUAAAAAAUUAGAGCCGAAGUAGAGUGAAGAAGGCAAGAGGAGGGUUAUGGAUUUAGAGAUGCAGUUGCGAGCAGCGGAGGUGCGACGUUCGGACCUCCAGAGGGCUCACGCUGAAGCCCUCACCGGCCUCAGGGACUGCGGAUCAGAUCAGCUGGAUGCAAGGCAGUCGCGGGUACGGGAACUCGAGAAGAAGGUCGCUCUCGAGACCGUGAGGUGCGAGGAGUUGCAAUUAGAGCUGGCCACGUCGCAGAGGAAUUGCCGCCUCGGUGGCAUCGGAAUAGGUGGAGGCGGUGGCGUCGGAAGCGGCGGCGGAGGAGGAAGUGUAGUCGGCGGUAUCAUGUGUUCUUCGACGGCGGUUCAUCAGUACGGGGGGCCUUCACCAAGUGGCAAGGGCACAGAGAUCGAUCGUAUUAUGGCCAAGAUCGAACAAGAUAAUAGGAUCCUGGCCGAACUCGAUCACACUCGAUCCACCACAACAAUGGGUGGUGGUGGUUUGGCUACAAGCGCGAGCAGCCACGCGCUGGGCGAGAGCAGUCCGCCCAUUUCGCCCAUAACGAUGUCUCACACCACGCCUUCACUUUAUCCAGGCAUCCAGUCUUCGGGCAACAACAGCAUGCUGGGAGGCCACCAGGGCUACCAAAGUUGUUCGCAACCAAAUAACAACAGUCUCUCCUCUUAUCUUCCUAUCUCCAAUAAUCCGGUCUAUAACUCUUCGUCCUCCGCCGCCGCCUCCAACCUCUACUCGUACGCCCCGAAGACCAUCCUCGGCGGAUCUGGUGCUCUCACAUCCAGCCUCGGUGUAGGAGGUGGUUCCUGCUCGGCGGCCGCUCUCAACAUUUCAGGUUUAGGAGGUGGCGGUGGCAACUCUUACAAUUCGAACUCCACGUUCACCAAUCCUCUGAUGACGACUCUGCCCUCACUCAACUCGAGUUACACCAAUCCGGUCACCUCCACCCUCAAUCAAUACAACCUACCACCGCCUCCUUCUUCCUACAAUUCGCUGCCAACGACAGGAAGCUACGCCAACAAUGUCACCUUCAGCAAUCCCCUCAGCUCGCAGUUUAAUUCUUUGACCGGAAAUAUGUCAAUCAAACUGAAACCGCUCGAGGAAAUGGAAUUGGGCAAUAGGAGGGUGGCAACUCCCUGCACGCCACACCAGACGUGUUGGGGCAUCGGAGUCACCGGACUCGGACUGAUCGGAGAUGGGACGACAUCAUCGUCAACGGCUGCAGCUGCUGCUGCGGUGGCGAGGUCGCGAUUGCUGAACGACGGAUUGGACUCGGACUGGAGCGGAAUGAGCGGCCUACAUAUGGAGAGGACGUAUUUGAACGGUCACCAGCAACCGAUGACAUCGUCGCUGCCUCCUCUUAAUGCAGCACCUGAAGGCACCGUCGACAUGCUCGACAUCCCUGGAAAGGGUCGCUGCUCUGUGUACAUUGCGCGCUUUUCCUACGACCCAGAGGACUCAGACGAAGAGUUGGCUGUGCAGGCAGGCGAUUACCUUCUCGUCUGGGGUGAACCUAUCGGAAGCAGCGGCUAUCUGGAUGCAGAACUGUUGGACGGUCGACGUGGUCUUGUGCCAUCACACUUCGCCCAACGGCUCAUUGGCGAUGACCUCCUCGAGUUUCACCAGGCAGUGCUCAGCACUCUUCGGGAAGACGAAAUCAAUGCGGAGACUUUCGCCGCAGACGUGCAACGGCUCACCGAACUUGCCGAGAUGUCUGAAGGACAGGAAGACGACUUAGACAAUGGUGAGACAGACUAUUUCUUCUCGGUGUUAGUACCGGCCCCGAAGCAACUGACUUUGGAACGACAGCUGAACAAGAGCGUUCUUAUUAGCUGGACGUCUCCAGACAUUGGACCUGGUAAUCAGAUCGAGAGUUACCACGUGUACGUGGAUGGCGUCCUCAAGACUACCAUCAAGGCCACCGAGAGGACGAGAGCCCUAGUCGAAGGGGUUGAUAGCAAUCGGCCGCACAGGAUCAGCGUUCGCUCAGUGACUGCAAAUAGGAGGACAUCGAGGGAUGCCGCAUGCACCAUGAUCAUUGGCAGGGACACCCAUCAGUUGGGACCGAGCGCUGUGCGCGCCUCCAACAUCACCUCAACGCAGGCGGUAAUCAGCUGGCUUCCUGCUAACUCCAACCAUCAGCACGUGGUGUGUGUUAACAACGUGGAGGUGAGAUGCGUGAAACCUGGUAUCUACAGGCACACGAUCACCGGUCUUGCUCCGAACACUCAGUACCGUGUAACGGUUCGAGCGAAGCACCAUCGAGCAGCACAGAACGUGGCCAACGUCGCCGAGGAUCUUCCUCUUCCGGCUGCAGCUCACACCGACUUCCGUACGUUACCCAAGGGUCUUCCCGAUCCGCCGAGCGAGAUUCAGUUGGAGCCGGGUCCACAGGACGGUACACUCCUCGUCACCUGGCAUCCGGUGCUCACGCCUCACGCUCACGCCGGAUCCACGAUCACCGGUUAUGCCGUAUUCGCCGACGGAAAAAAGGUCACCGACGUCGAUUCCCCGACCGGAGAUCAUGCACUCAUCGACAUCGGCAAACUGCUCGGCCUCAACCCUAAACACGUCACGGUGCGCACGAAAGCGCGCGACGGUCAAUCUGCAGAUUCACUGCCCACCCUUAUACCCAUGACCGUCCUCCGUGGUGGCGCCAAUCGUAACUCUCGUCAACAGCCGCACUCGGCGAUGCCGAUGCACAUGCGGCAACAAAUGACUAACCGUCAGCAACAACAGCAGCAUCUGCAACAGCAGGUCAUCGAGCACGAUGAAAACUUGAGUGACAAGGAGAUCUUUCCUAGCGCCCCUCACCGUCAGCAGCAUCCGCAGCAACAAUCCGGAAUCCCUUCCAUUGCACACCGAUCCCUUACAGAGAUCACAAAAGACAGUUACGACGGCAUGAGCGAGGACGAAAUGAUCGAUAGAAGAAAUGCUCAGCAACAGCAAAGACAACAACAGCAACAGCAGCAGCAGAGGGUGCAGCAACAGCAGCAACAACAGCAGCACAGCAAACAGCAGCAGUAUUAUCAGCAGCAGCAACAUAUGCAACAGCAGCAGCAAAAUCAACCACAAGUUAUUGCAGGUCAGGUUAGGAUGGGUCAGCGCGGUACGCAUCAACAGCAGCAGCAAAUGAGAGGUGGUAUGUCCCAACAACAGCAGCAACCACCGACAGCGCAAAAGAGGGCACGUUGGUUCGUCGCACUCUUCGAGUAUGAUCCAUCAACGAUGUCUCCAAAUCCUGACGCCUGCGAUGAAGAGCUUCCUUUUUCCGAAGGCGACAGCAUCAAGGUGUGGGGAGACAAAGAUGCGGACGGUUUUUACUGGGGCGAAUGUCACAACAGGCGCGGCUAUGUUCCGCACAACAUGGUCAUGGAGGUGGAAGGUGGACAGAACAGGGAUCGAGACCGAUGGGCUGACAUCUAUGCUAGUAUGCCCAUGAAGCGGAUGGUCGCACUCUACGAUUACGAUCCACAGGAGUUGAGUCCGAACGUCGACGCCGAACAGGUGGAAUUGAGCUUCACCACCGGCCAGAUCAUAAACGUAUACGGAGAAAUGGACGACGACGGCUUCUACAUGGGAGAGAUCGAGGGAGUGCGCGGUUUGGUUCCAUCCAACUUUCUUACUGAAGCACCUGAUCAGUACGGUGGAGGUGCAGGAGGGGCAGCAGCAGUUGGAGCAGGAGUAAGCGGAUUGCAGCAACAGCAGCAGCAGCAACAGAUGGGCAUCGGUAGAGGUGGAGGACAGCAGGGUGCGUACAACGCUAUGCAGAGGGGUGGCAGGGGUCAUGGCCCCGGUGCCAGAGGCCCACCACCGCCACCACGUGAUAACUCCGGUCGAUCUACUCGCACCAAACCAGAUGCCUGCCCUGUGUUACCCUCUCAGUCAGACACCACCAACACCGCGCCACCGAACACACAGGGUUUCACCGAGCACCAGAGGAGAGGUCCAAUGAGCGGCCAGAGAGGUGGUAAUUUCGUUUCCAAUCAGCAGCAGCAACAGCAAUUGAUGCAGCAACAGCAAACGCAGCAACCUCAGCAGCAACAGCAAAAUCCUAGCAGCGGCGGUUUCUUCAGUAACGCAACUGUGAGCAGCCUCUUUGGGGGCGGCACUACAACGACGCAACCAGCUAACAACCAGCAGAACAGCACGUUCGCAAAUCAAUCCGGUCAAUUCGGCAACGCAACUAAUCAACAACAGCAAAUGCAGCAACAGCAGCAGCAGCAACAACAGCAGCAACCUGGAAGUGGUGGAUACAACAGCAGAUUACAGCAAAAGGGUAUUCCGCAAGUCAUUCCCAAUGUUAGCCAACCGAUGAACGUUCAGAUGGGCAAUCAGCAGCAAUCACAGCAGCAGCAGAACGCGACUGCAGGUCCAAAUCUGAUGCAGAAACUGAACGAGAUGACUGCGCCCGGCGGUGAUAUCCUCUCCAAAGGCAAAGAACUUAUAUUCAUGAAAUUUGGCUUGGGCGGAAAAUAACCGAAUUGCGCAUUACUACUACUUACCACUUCUUCGCAAAUGAUCUCAAAAGCGAUUGAGCUAUAUCAAUAAAUUUGCUAAAUUGUUAAUGGAAUUCAAAUAUAAACGGUAAAGAUAAUAUUAAAGCUUUAAAGUUCAAGUGAAAAAUAACAAAAACAACGCGCGCCUAUAUAAAUACGAUUAUAGAAAGAAAUAUAUGCGCACACACACACAACAUCUGAAUCUCCUCUCUAUACGUAUUACAAAAUAUGGCAAUCCAUGAGGUGCGGAGACAAGUUGUGGUGCGCACUCCAAAUGUGAGCAUAUCUUUGUCAGGUAAACAAAGUCAAAAACAAAACGAAAUAAGGAAAAGGAUCGAGAGGACCUGUCAGACCUUGUUCAGUAUUAUACAUAUUUAUAAAUAUUUAGAUAAUAAUGAUUUACGUGAGUACAAAUUCGACCAAACAAUAUGGAAAGCAGGAAACGAAGAGGAAAUUGACAAAAAAAAAA